AUGUACGGUACAACCGCGAGGAAGGGCGUGGAUCAGAGACAAAGGGCAGUGCAGAUGACGCUGCCAGUGUUGCUGCUGUUAGCCCUGCCGGUUAUUUACACUGAAGUCCUGCUAAACCAAAGUCUGGAGGACAGAGUUCCUAAGAUCACUGCUAACCGAUCAACAAACCAAGCUCUUCCAACUCCUCCAGAUAUUGAGGACAAGCUGGACCGGGUGCCCUCAAUCAAGUUUGAUAAAACCAACCUGGAAUGGCAGAUCUUUAAUGGCUCUCUUCCCAACGGAGCUGUGUUCAUCAACAACCAAUAUGUUGGACGCUUCGACUAUGUCUGCCAAUUCUUUGGCCAGGCUGGUUUCUACAACCAUGGCAUGGGUCCUUACUGCUACUACACCUUUAGAGGGAAAGAGUAUGUUAGCUCUUUACUUUGGCCAUUUGAGAUCCUGGUAAACAAAGACAACUUUGAGUUAAUGGAAUGGAAAGAUGGCUACUCCGGUUCAGUUCCUCAGAAUGCUGUUGAGACCUGCUCUGGUUGCAAUAUAUAUGUUGGAAAGAACGAGUAUGGUCUUGGGAAGGUUGUUGUUAAAGAUAAGGUCUUCUACCUUCCGUAUGACGGAGAUGAGUAUUGGUACUACAGCUAUCAGGUCCUGAGCAUUAGCAAAGAUAUAUACAGCGAGGACAUGUCUGAUGUCAAGUAUAAGACUGAUGGGGUUAAAGUCAUUGAUUAUCCUCCAGAGAUCAUGCGCAAGUCUUUCAUCACCAACUAUGAGUGUCAGUCAGUCACAGCGACAGCUACCGUCUCAAAGACAAUCCAAGUGGAGCAAACGUGGGACACCAGCUUUUCAAUCACAGUGGGCGUCAAGACGAGCAUCACUGCCCAAAUCCCCUCAAUCCUGUCCACAGGUAUUGAGUUUAGUGUGGAAAAAAAACUCCAGUUUACAGAGGGGACCACUUAUACCGAAUCCACCACCAGCUCUGUUUCUGUUGAGGUCAAUGUCCCACCAAACCACUCCUGCCGUGUCACUUUGGUGGGAUAUAAGUACGGGGCAGACAUCCCUUACACUGCACGCCUCAAACGCACCUACAACAAUGGGGGGAUCUCAUGGACGUCCAUCUCUGGAAACUACAGCAGCGUCCAAAUGGGAGAAGUCCGAGGUGUGGUGGAUCCCUGUGAACCUGUACCUGAUCCCACUCCCUGUCCCUGA